GCGCCGGGGGCGACGAAGGCGCCGGCGCCAGAGUGGAGUCUCGGCUGGCUACCACCCCCUGGACCUAACUGGGUAGCCCUGGGUUCCCCUGGCAUCCUCUGAGGGAGCGACUGCCCAAGGUUUCGAGGUCUAGGGAUACUUGGCUAGACUGUUCAGGUGGCCAGGAGCUCUGCCAGCUUUGGUGUGACCUUGGGGCUGCCUAUGUUCCCCUCCUUCCCAGGCUGGCAUCCCCACCGCAGGCUUCCUGACCACAGGUGCUGGCCUCGUGCCCCAGGGCGCCUGUCUGCUGAUGUGCCCAGCUCCUGCCCACCAUGCCGCCCUACAUCUCGGCCUUCCAGGCUGCCUACAUUGGCAUCGAGGUGCUCAUUGCCUUGGUCUCUGUGCCCGGAAAUGUACUGGUGAUUUGGGCUGUGAAGGUGAACCAGGCACUUCGCGAUGCCACCUUCUGCUUCAUCGUGUCACUGGCGGUAGCUGAUGUGGCCGUUGGCGCCCUGGUCAUCCCACUGGCCAUCCUUAUCAACAUUGGGCCACAGACCUACUUCCACACCUGCCUCAUGGUGGCCUGCCCUGUCCUCAUCCUCACCCAGAGCUCCAUUCUGGCUCUGCUCGCCAUUGCUGUGGAUCGAUACCUCCGAGUCAAGAUCCCUCUCCGGUACAAGACAGUGGUGACUCAGCGGCGGGCGGCAGUGGCCAUAGCUGGCUGCUGGAUUCUCUCCCUUGUGGUAGGCCUGACACCCAUGUUCGGCUGGAACAACCUGAGUGUGGUAGAGCAAGACUGGAGAGCCAACGGCAGUGUUGGGGAGCCCGUGAUCAAGUGUGAGUUUGAGAAGGUUAUCAGCAUGGAGUACAUGGUCUACUUCAACUUCUUCGUCUGGGUGCUGCCGCCACUGCUCCUCAUGGUCCUCAUCUACCUGGAGGUCUUCUACCUGAUCCGUAAGCAGCUCAACAAAAAGGUGUCAGCCUCCUCCGGUGACCCCCAGAAGUACUACGGGAAGGAGCUGAAGAUCGCCAAGUCGCUGGCCCUCAUCCUCUUCCUCUUCGCCCUCAGCUGGCUGCCGCUGCACAUCUUGAACUGUAUCACCCUCUUCUGCCCCACCUGCCAGAAACCCAGCAUUCUGAUCUACAUCGCCAUCUUCCUCACACACGGCAACUCCGCCAUGAACCCCAUCGUCUAUGCCUUCCGAAUCCACAAGUUCCGGGUCACCUUUCUGAAGAUUUGGAAUGACCACUUCCGAUGCCAGCCCAAGCCUCCCAUCGAUGAAGACCUCCCAGAGGAGAAAGCUGAUGACUAGACUCUGCCUUGCUCCGUCUAGCCCAUGCCCAGCGGCUCUCUGUUCAACUCCCACGUCCUCCCUGUCCCACCCUGUCCCACUGUCCCUCCUCAGUUUUCCCAGCUGGGGUGUAGGCUGUGGACACCAGGGAGGUUCUGAAGAGAUGCCAUGAAAUAGGCCCCCUCUAUAAGGAGCU